AUGACUUACAACAACUCAGUCAUCACCUGCACCCCUCACGCAACCCCCGAUCCCUUUGUCACCUUCCACAAUGGCAAGUUCUACUUGACCUUCACUGCUGGUGACCGCAUCGAGGUGUGGUGCUCCGACAACGUGCUCAGCUUCCACAACGCCUCCAAGCAUGUUAUCUGGAAGCCUCCGCCGGGCACCGAAUACUCUGGUGGCAUCUGGGCUCCUGAGAUCCACGUCCUCGAUGGCCGCUGGUACGCCUAUGUAGCCUGCGAGAACCCCAAGGAGGGCAACAAGUCUCACAGGAUGUACGUUAUCGGCGGCCCGCCUGGCCACGAGGACCCGUGCACCGGCCAUUGGGAGUUCCUCGGCCGCCUUCGCGGUGUCCCCGAGGAUCAAUGGGCAAUUGACGGCACCGUCAUCCAGCUCAAUGGCCAGAACUACUUCGUCUACAGUGGCUGGCCGCUUGGCGAGACCAACUCAGACAAGACGCAGGAGCUGUUCAUCGUGCACUUGCGCUCCCCCACCGAGGCCGAUGGCUCUCGCCCGCCCACCAAGAUCUCGCACCCUGACUUCGACUGGGAGCGUAGCGGCCCGUCCGGCAUCAACGAGGGUCCGCAGUGGCUCGCAUCGCCUGAUGGCUCCUGGAAGGGCAUCGCCUACAGUUGCGCCGGCUCUUGGACCAAGGACUACAAAAUGAACACGAUCCGCUUUGCUGGCGGCGACCCGCUCGACCCGCGUUCGUGGCACAAGAGUGACAAGCCGUUGGUAUCCACUCCCGAGGGCGCUACGGGCCCCUAUGGCCCCGGCCACGGCAACUUCAUCCCCAUCGCCGGCAACGAGAUUCUUGCUGUCUUCCAUGCUACUGACAGCCCCACUGAUGGCUGGGAGAACCGCAAGGGCCGCUGCCAGCGCGUCAACUGGACCCACCAUGGCCCGGACAUGGGUCACUGUGUCGGUCCGUUGUGCGGAAACGUCGACGACUUCAUGGCCGGCAACCAUGCCCAGGCUUGGAGCGGCGGCAACAGCAGCGGUGGCGGCGGCGGCGACAACAUCGAAGAUAAAAUUUCUGGCUUCUUGCACAAGGCCAAGGAUAAGGUCGAGCAAAAGUUGAGGGAAUUGUAA